AUGGAAGUAAAAUUUUGUUUUCUUUUAAUUAUCAUUUUCCUGAGGUUUCUCAGAAACUAUUGUACCAAUAUCGAGCUCGGAAUUGAACACAUCUUUUUCAGCACACGUACGGCCGAAAUAUAUCAUUUUCCAAUUUUUCAAACACGAAGGAAAGCCGAGACCUCAUUUUCAAGUAUAGAUGUAGAGGUUCAGUUUCUCUUUUUACACUGUGAUUUUACACGUUUCACAGGCAUUUUGUCAAGAACCAUAACUAUUACAAUUGGAACGGGGAAACUUGUAAUGUAUAAAGUCACCUUUUGACUACAAAUAACAAUUCUAAGCGACCGACAGAUUUUUUUCGUUGACCAAUAACCAUUAUUGAUAAAGGAAAUUUAUUUCGAUUCUCUGUCUUUGUCAAUUUCCGCGAGAUUUACACGAGAAAGUAACACCGCCAGUUUCAAAAGUUUUUCAUGCAGUUGCGGAGGACUGUGUUCAGUCGAGUGGAAAACAAUAUUUUACACUUUACAUUGCUUUACGAGCGACCGAAGUAAAAAUUCUCCUCGUCAAUAAUAGCAGAAGUCAAAAUUAACAAUUCAAAAUUUAAAAAAAAAAUUUCUUUCAAAAAAAUAUUCCCUCCAAACUUAUAUAUAUUUCUCGUAUAAAAAAAAAGUAUCUGUUUUUCUAGAAAAAAGUGUUACACUCAGGAACACUUUUGAACAAUGCUCUCGUGGAGCAGAUAUCUCAGAAUUUGUAUAAUAAAAGUUCCACGGAAACAAGUUAUUUCAAAAUAUUUAUUAGUGAGUAAUGUUCAACUGUUACCAAUAUUGAAAAUCUUUUCAGUAACGAUGAUAUUGAAACUUCGACGGGAAAAUUUUCUACUUUUAUAUCUCGUAAGUUCUAUACUGUCCGAAACAUUUAUUUUCAAGAACAUUUAUUUGUCUGCUCGUAUUUAUCGGGAUUCGUGAUGUACGAAAGAACAUUUUUCGAAAAAGUUCUACGAUCCCCGGACGAUAGUUAUCGGGCAAUGAAAAAAAUUGUUCGGUCGUUUGCAACCGAAACGUUGAACUAUCCAAUCGCUUUCAAAGCUCUCUCCACUGAGAAGUUCCGAGUUCAAUUUCAAAUCCUCAAUUUCAAAAAUAAAUAAAGAAUGCCACGUUCUCGGUCCCCGCGUUUCAUAAGAAAACUGUGCCGAAUCGACACGGAGGGACGGAUGAGGAUUGACAAAAAUAUCAACGUGAAAAGAAACAUCGGAGGCAUCGAAGGAUUUUUCUUAAAAAACAAGUAUUGGAAGCAUCUUCAGCGAUUUGAUAAUCGUCGAAACUUGAAUUAAUUCAUUUGUUUUUUUCCUUCUUCUUCUUUUUUUCUGUGCACGCGCGGAAUCUUCACCGGAAGACGGGGGCAGGCUCUCGAGGAAUUCAGCGCGCGCCGAUAAGCUCGAAACGUUCGAACGAUAAAAUACAUAUAUUACACGUAUGUACAUGCGUCGCAGUAUUUCCGAGAGGAAAGCGACGUAAUUCAUUAUUAUCGGUGGGUUUUUCGAUGAAUGGGGGACACGAACCAACGAUUUGCGACGCGGCUUGUUUCCAACUAUCCGAGACACUCCCCCGUGGAAAUAUUUUUUUUCCCCCGAAGGAUUUUUCCCCUGAUUCUCCUGCUUCUUGCGCCUCUCUUGAAUUAUUCAACAAUUCGAGCGCCCGGAACUACACCGCCGUACAUAAGUAUUUGAACACCCGAAGAUUUAAGCAAUUUAAAAUGAGUCCUUUCGACCCUGCAGCUGUCAAGUCCCUUUCUUUGUGAAACGACCUUUACGUAAAUCCGCGAAUAUAAUUAAAAUAACGGUACUUGACGGAAUGUCAACUGGAAUAUUAUAGAAAAUACAACGUUUUUUUAUCUAUUUCUUCUAUCUUCGUUUGUACAAUUUUGCAUGUGAAAAUUUCCCAUGAAUGCACAAAUAUUCGCAGUUCAUUUAUCAGCACCUGAAAUUGUAUCCAAUCGUUUAUUAUCUCAUUAUGCUCCCGAUGCGGAAACAUUUCUGUCUAUCGAUUGGGUACAAGUCAGGUGUAAACUCCAGUCAUUAAACGAAAGUUGAAACAUCAGUUAAUUUAAUUUUCACAUACAGUUAAUAGAUAUUGAUAAAAAGAAUGAUGAUGAAAUGAAACGUGGCUGA